CAUUUUUGCAAGUGUUGAUCAGGUAAUGUUACAGAAUUUUUAUUUUUAAUUUCUUUAUUUGUAAUUUUUUUUUAUGAACGCAAUUUGGGCUGGUGACAUCUGGAAGUGAUAUAUUCUGAUUAAACGUGCAUUUCUUUGCAGGCCAAUUGGACAGUGGGGAAAUUAAACUGUCAGUACCGUGGAGCUCGCUUAGGAGGCUUUAAUUUUGUAAAUUGCUCCAAAUGCUCCAGUGGACAUGAUAUGACUGUGCGUCUCAGUAAGUCGUGUUGACCAGGAUUUAAAACCUCCGGUUCAUUUGACAAGACUAGGAAGGACUAGAGAACAACCUGUGAGGAAGGAGAAUGAGGUGGAGUCUCUCCCUCAGACAAUAAGCUUAUCCUCAUCUCCUUCCUCAGCCCUCAACUUCUCCUGUACUGUGUCCCAUGUAGCCUCUCUCGAAACUGAACUUGAGGUUGAGUCAAGUGAAGAACCACAGAUUCUUGAGAUUGUUGGGAGAGGAGCAGAUGUUUCUUUACCUUAUGAAUUGCCACCACAGCUGUUUGAUUAUCUGGAGACCUUAGAGGAAUGGCAAGUGCAUUCCGCUUCCCAGAGCAGAGCCUCUCUGGACAGAGAUGUGAAUCCAGAGGAGGUCAGAUUUAGAGUGAUGGAAGAGCCAUCAAUAAACAUCUCACCCGACCUAGAACCAAAGCUUUCCAAAAGAGUGAAGAACCGCCUGAAAAGUCUAAGAAGGAAGUAGAGGAAGAAGGAACGUUGGAUGCAAAGACAGCAGGAGGAAAAAUAUCUGGCUAUGACAUGGGACCUAACGGGCAGCGAUGAUGAAGAGAGGAAGGGAUACACAUGUGCUGUGUGUUUAGACGUAUAUUACAGCCCUUACAAGUGCCAUCCUUGCAGUCAUGUGUUCUGUGAGCCCUGUUUGAGAACUCUGGCUAAGAACAGGCCAAAUAAUACCCUCUGUCCACUCUGUAGGACCCUCAUAUCCCAUGUGCUCUUUUAUGUCCAAAGCGUUUCCACAUCUUUUGGGGAUUUCAGAGACACGGAGGACCUGCCAGUUGCUGGCAAUUUCCCCACAGAGCAUUUGGCCUGGAUGCAUUGGAUCUGGGGGACAUGUGGGGCUGGCCAUUUGACAUUGACUUUGUUAUCAUCUCCAUCUACUCUCUGCACUGGGUGAUGGCGUUCCUCAUCUUUUGUGGCCUCUUUUUGCUACUUCCUCCUCCUCUGAUGUAUUAAAUCUCACUUUGCUGUGCUGGACAAAAUGUUGUUGACAGGACAUCUCAUCAAGUGCCUCAUACUUUUAUUUCAAUGUUGCCUUAAAAUAUGAUGAAAUAUUAAAAUGCUUUUCUUCCUGUGGGAAUCAUUUGUGUGUUUUAGGUCUCACAGGGUUUGUGCAAUACAUAGCUAUCACGUUAAGCAAUUACCUAAAUAUCAUAUGUCUAUUUGACCUGUAAACGGUAUAAUGCAGUAGAAAAUAAAAAAAGCAAUAAUUCAGGGUAUAAAGCUUUGUUCGUCUGUACACUUGAAAAAGCUGACUCUUUUGCAUUUGCUAUUGGAGCGUUUAGAUGCUUUAAAAACAUUAUUUUGGGGGGUAUUUUGUGUGACAACCUAACUACGUAUUGUUUUCUAAUUAGUGUCUUUAAAGGUGUUUUAACAGUUUCAAAAAGGGGUUUGGACUUAGCCUACUGCAGUUCUUUGUCCAACAUUACCAAAAUAUCAAGCAGUGAUAGAAUGUUUGAGACGGCGCUUACAAAUAAAAUCAUGACUAUUUAUUUUUCCUCACACAAAGCAAUUGUGUUUCUUCGACGAACAUGUCGUUUCAUGGAUCUUAAAGCCCGCAGCUGUGGUGUUCCAGCGGCGCUCGGCCCUCGACAGGGGUGAAGGUGACUCGCCUGUUGGUGCGGGAGAUGCAGAGGAAGCAUCGCGACGCUCGCUCGGCUCCGUCACAUCACUCUAAUCAUCGAAACAAUCGGCAUCCAAGGCUCGACCUCUCCUUCUCAUCGAGGACAGACGGAUUAAAGACAUUUUCUUAUUGAGGAGGUUUUAUUCGUGGAUGCGUAUGCAUGUGUUCUGCACCGAACGGGCGAAAGAACCGCCCCAGAUCUGCAGCCAACAUUUUUCAAAUCGGCAAGACUUCGGUGAGGGAUCCGGAACGCCGAGAGAGCACCGAGAGCACGCGGAAAGCUCAGCGGGCGAUGGAUGACUGUAGAACGACCGUUCAGGAGUUCAACACUCUUGUGGCUCUCCAUCGUGAGCAGGUCAUCUCCAUAGGUGAGAAUACAAUCGACUGUCCUUCUUUAAGGGCUCAGAUGCACAAGACUCGAAUUAAAGGAUGCGCCGUAGCCCAGGCUGCCUAUCAAAACCUCAUCGCAAUCUCUGGGCCAGAGGAUGGCGAAAUCCACCCAGAAAUAUGCCGAUUGUUCAUCCAGCUUCAGUGCUGCCUGGAGAUGUACAUUACAGAGAUGCUCAAGUCUAUGUGUCUGUUGGGUGUUCUGCAGCUCCAUAGGAAAGGAAAUGAUGUGUGUCCAGAGCCAAACAUGGACUGCAAGAUCGACGAAAGCUCUGAUGUGCCGAUGCUGGAUGAUCGAUCAUCGUCACCUGUGGAUUUCCCACAGGAUUCCUGGGUCGUGUGCACAGACAUUGAGAAUAUAGAGCGUGAUAUGCGAGAAAUGAGAAACCUUCUAAGCAAACUCAGGGAGACAAUGCCUUUGCCACUGAAAAAUCAAGAUGACAGCAGUCUGCUAAAUCUGACUCCUUAUCCACUGGUGAGGCAGAGGAAGAGGCGAUGCAGGCUUUGUUGCCUUGUGUCUGGCUGAACCUUCAAUACGCUCAAGUCUUCUUUUCUGAUCAUUGAUCAAUUCACGCUUCACUCAUCUCCUUCGUGUCUCUGGAACUGUUUUGCUAAUGUAACUUGUCCCUGGACAGUGUCAGACUACUUAAUCCCUUGUUGGAGGACAGAAUCCAGACUCAAAACCCCAUCUAUUUAGAUUUAAGCAAAAUGAAUUGUCUAUUUUUAGUUUCCAAGUGGUUCAUACUUUUUCGUGUGCUGUGAAAUCAUAUGAUUGCACCAAAAAAGCAAAAGAAUGAAGUAAAAUGACAUUUGUCUCUGAUUUUUCUUUAUCAUAAUCAUGGAGUUUGUUGUCAGUGAAAGGACACAUUUAGUAAUAGGAUUGCUGUAUUUCAUCUUCUUGCUUCUUGCUUUUCUUUUAUAUAAAUGUAGUCACUGUGCAAUGCUUUUAAUUUAGUCUUCCAUAAAGAGGAAAUGUUGUAAAAAUUAUAUUAGUCAUUUUAAGGGCACAAGAGCGCUCUGCACUAAAGCCAUUGUAUUUCAUUCUAAGCUUGAAACAAAUAAAACACAAUAAAAUUCACUAUGUAUAUAAUACAAAAACAAUUGUAAAUAAAACAUUGUAUUUAUUAUAAUUGAUUUUAAAGAUGUAUUUUUCAUUUAUCCAUUCAAGACAGGUUUGUGUGAAUGCAUAUCUCAGUUAAAUGAGAGUUUGCAGCAUGAUUUUUGCUCCUCAUGUUGGGUGUCUAGAAAGUAUGCAUAGUUACAGCUGAUAUAAGCUAUAUGUCAUUU